GUGAGCUGGAGGUUUGGGGCGUAGCAUUCGGCUGAAACGUAGGUGUUUGGGUGGGAAUAGAUACUCGCUGCGAACCGGGUGAACAACACAGGAGGGCGUACAGAUUGUGUUUAUUACUUAGUAGUUUCUGUACUUUGGUGUGUGUUGGCGAUUUUCUAACUAUCCCUACAGCGUAUAAAUGGAGAUCAUGGAACUGAUUUAAGUUUCGUCCCUUAUUACAUUAUCGAGAUUUUGUACUUGUUUUUCACACCCACUUAGGUGCUGUGCUGGGACUGGUAACUGGAACUUGAGGGAGGGAGUGGCUGUAGAGGGACUCUGGACACCAUUGGGAAGUCAAAGCACAUCUGCGACACCUUGGCAGUUGUUCUAAGUUUGCUAAGGGACUAACUUGUUUCGUGGGAUAAAUACCCGCUGGAGUGUGUGCAUGUCGCCACUAAGCCCCGGAUAGUUUGAGCGUAUUAUUACACACCGUUUGGGUUCCUUACAGUAUUAGUGCAGUGCCAGUGUCGGGCUGUUUACUUCCUUUACUUUCUCUUUGGGUUUUGGACAAUACGGUGAACUAAUCUCCGGAGGUAGCCGGCCGGGGUUCGGCUCCCGCUGACCCCCAAGCUGACUAUGGCCGGCGUGGUGCGGAGUCUCAGCCGCUGUCUGCUGCCCGCUGACGCGGCUGAAGGUCCUAGUGGAGAGCAGAGCGGUAGAAAGGAGCGUCGCCAGGAUCGGAACGCCGAGCGCGAGGCUCGCCGCCGGAGCCGUGAUAUCGAUGCUAUGUUACGCCGUGAGAGACGUGCUGUCCGCCGACUGGUGAAAAUACUUCUCCUGGGGGCCGGGGAGAGCGGCAAGUCGACCUUCCUGAAGCAGAUGCGUAUUAUCCACGGCAAGGAGUUCGAUCAGAAAGCGUUACACGAGUUUCGGGACACCAUCUACGAGAACAUAAUUAAGGGUACAAGAGUUUUGGUCGAUGCUCGGGAUAAACUUGGUAUCAAAUGGGAGUUUACAGAAAAUGAGAAACAUGGAAUGUUUGUGAUGGCAUUUGAUGUCCGAGUUGGAAUGCCCGUAGAACCAGUCACAUUUCAGCUCUAUGUCCCUGCUCUCCAAGCCCUGUGGAGAGAUUCUGGAAUUCAAGAGGCAUACAGACGUAGAAGUGAAUUUCAGCUGGGUGAAUCAGUGAAGUACUUCUUGGACAACUUGGACCGUAUUGGGCAGCUGAAUUAUGUUCCAAGCAAACAAGACAUUCUGCUGGCAAGAAAGGCAACAAAAGGAAUUGUCGAACAUGAUUUUGUAUUCAAAAAGAUUCCUUUCAAGAUGGUAGAUGUGGGUGGCCAGCGGUCUCAGAGGCAAAAAUGGUUUCAGUGCUUUGAUGGCAUAACAUCCAUACUAUUCCUGGUCUCAUCCAGUGAGUAUGACCAGGUCCUUAUGGAGGACCGGAGAACCAACCGCCUUAUCGAAUCCAUGAAUAUAUUUGAAACCAUUGUCAACAACAGACUGUUUUACUCAGUUUCCAUCAUACUCUUCCUCAACAAAAUGGACCUCUUAAUUGAGAAGGUAAAGACUGUCAGCAUUCGAAAAUACUUUCCUGAUUUUCAAGGCAACCCUCACCGACUGGAUGAUGUUAAAAGUUACUUAGUUCAGUGUUUUAACAGGAAAAGGCGCAAUCGUAGUCGUCCUCUCUUUCACCAUUUCACUACUGCUAUAGAUACUGAAAACAUCCGCUUUGUGUUUCAUGCUGUAAAGGAUACUAUCCUGCAGGAAAAUCUGAAAGACAUCAUGCUGCAGUGAAGCAGAAGUCCCGUCUUGCUUCCACACCAUUUGUUGUUUAAAGUGCUUUUCUGAAUCUAGCCUUUUGCAGUGAAACAGAAAUGCAGUCAUUUUUAGGUUCUAUUCUGUGGGUUGCUGCUUUAAUCUCACAAAACUUGGAGAGUCUGGGAAAUGAGAGCAGUUUUCUGCAGGUAGAAGUAGCACAUUGUGUAGAAUACCUGCAUAAAAUCCUGAGGCAGUGUUCACCAUGGUUUGUGCAAAUGUUUAAGUGACCUUAGUCCAUAGUGAAACAUGAUGCUUGUAGUUGCAGUGGACUGGAAAAUGUUUUUGCCUUACAUUACAAACUGCACAUCUAUGCUGUUUCUUCCUUGAGGAAGGCCUUGAACACGGAAAAAGCAUGCAACAUGCACUGGUGAAAGAAAAUAUUCCAUGAGAUCAGCAGUUUCUGAACGUAUGCUUAGACAGGUCUUACUAAGUUUUAUUUCUCAGUAACUUGUAAAGUUGUUGACUGGAGAAUUCAGUUUACUGAAUUAAAAAAAAAAAGCAUUUGCUUUGUGAAGGGUUUGAAGAAAGAAGCUUUAGCCAUCAUACUUUCAAUGACCGUGCCUGUAAAUUGUUACCAUUGGUUCCUCGUUCCUUGGAUUAUUGUAAUUCUAUUUGAGUUUGAAAGUGUAACUUAAUUAAGGCUUUUAAGGAAAAGCUGCAAGAAAAAAAUGUGAAAUGCCAUAGUAUGUAAAGACCAAUUGAGUUAAGCACAGGUCCUUCUUGGGAUGUUGCUUUUUUUUUGUCUUCUGUGCCUUUGUUUUGUAAUGUGGCUCGAUAACAUUCCAGCAUUCUAGUGCCUAAAGAAUAAAAAUUUAUAGCAACUCUGUCAGUAUGGCUAAUAAUAGGUCCAGUCUUGCCGUACAUAAGCAUGGCAUACUGGAAUUAUCCCCUCAUUACUUUAGGUAGUACAUUUAAUUGUCAAGACAUAUGUUCCCCACAAAUCUUUGUACUUUGCUCUCAGAGCCAGUGGUUUAAGUCUUUGAAGAGGAACAGUAUAUAUGCAGAUAGCUAUCUGUUAUUUCUCAUCUGCUGUGGUCACGGAGAUGUUGGUGAAGUGAGGAGCUGUCCGAAUCUGGCUCUUCAGUCACUUUUCUUAGAAUCUGUAAAAUGACUGCUGCUGUGUAAUGGCUUUGAUUUGCACUAGUAUUUUAUAGUUUCUUCUUAUAGAGCCAUAUGACACACUACUUUUUCUGUAACUGUGUCCCAUCUGUGCUUUAAACUUGCUGUUGAUAUUCAUGAAAUCUCAGCUACUGUUUGGAGCUUAUUCGGACCCACUGUUAGAAUUUUUGGAUAACACAAAUCUGUCUGUGACCAUAUCAUUACUCAUGGAUGUGCAUUACUAGCUGUUAGCUGAUGUGUUAAUCUUAGCCCAGCAUAUAACCGUUAAGGAAUGUCAUAUAGUCAGUCUAAGGGGUCUACAAAAGGAGGUAUGGAAGCUCUUCAAAGGGCUGGCUAAUCGAUGCAACUGAAAGUGCCUUCUAAGACUGAUUUCCUCAUAUAGGCCUUUUGCCUGACAAUUGUGCCUCUCCCACAUACUUCCUAGAAAACUUGGAUUCUGUUGUACCUCAUGGACUUAAAAGCUUUAGUCUGAUUUUUAUGCACGUGGACAAAUAACUGUGAAUCAUUUUCCAAGUGACUCCAUCUGUCGUACAGUAAAUAAUUACAUAUCCUUUUCAUUAGGAAGGUAGCUUGUAUCUAUUUAGAGCAUGAGUAGGAACAGAGAUAGGAAGCCAUCACAACCAGUGCCAGUGAGUGGUAUUCGGAUGUAUUUUGCUUGGCACUCCACUUGGGACCAGAAGAGGGAAGUGUCUUAAUCAGUGACAUCACAGCAUUAUUUUCCCCUUUUUUUCUGGUUUUCCCAUAAACGUGAUUGUUUAUUGGGUGCGUUUAAUAAGUGUCAUACCCACCCACACACAAUACUGGGCAUAACCAGGAAUCCAAGUAUUACUCCCCUAGCCCCUGCAGUUUAUAAACCUGGCACCUUAACUUGCAAGAGCAGAAGUCAUGGUUUUACCACUCUGUUAAAAAAUCUUUGCUGAGCCCUGUGUUAGAAGUCUCCCCUUUUGAACCAGCAUUUGAAGUUUUGUGUGUAUGCUAAGCUAGCACUGUAGCUGUUUCAAGUACUACAGUUCUUGGCUUGUCCGUUUAGGACUGAAGAGUCCUCGAGGCUUGAAACUACUGUAUUUAUCGUUAUUUUCUUGUUUUCACAUUUUACCUUGCCUAAAGCAGAGCAAAUCUAAUCAACUCACUGGGAUUUUUGUAAACUUCCCACGAUGCCUGUUAGUGUAUGCCUAGAGUUUUUUGUACAAAUGUAAGAUGUAGGACUAGCUGAAGUUACAAAUGAAGGUGUUUCAGCAUGGGAAUGCUAAUGUUAUCGUUUACAAUGCAUUUCAUAGGUCUUUGCCGUUGUCAGCUAUAAACCGAUGUUGUACAUACUGUAUUCAUACUUCUUAAUGUGCCUGAAAUGGAAUAGAAGCCCAAAUUUAUGUUGACACAUGUCUAAAAUUUUGCACUUCAGGGUUUUACUCAAGUGUAGGAAAGGGAGCAACUAGUGGGCAAAUGUACACCAAAACAGUGGUAGAUGGCUACUGUUGGGGAAAGAGAUUUGUGUACCAGUGGUUAUCCAUUCCACAACAAGAAGUGUCCUUUAAAGAAAUGACAGCAUUAGGCAGAUUAUUUAACUUCUACUAAUUUAAAAAAACAUUUGCACUAUACAUUUCUAUGCCAGUGCUUUACCACAGCAAACAUUGUACUGGGGUCCCUCAGAAUGCCUACAUCCUGAAGUUGUGGUUAAACACCUGUUAUGAAAUUUGUACUGUAAAAGCCUGGCUCACAUUUAAAUGAAAGUAUGGUAAUUUGCAGUUUUGUGUGUAUCGUAAGCCAACACCAUAGCUGUUUCAAGUACUACAGUCCUUGGCUUGUCUGUCUAGGAUUAAAGAGUCAUUGAGGGGAACUACUCUAUUUAUCUUUAUUUUCUUGUUUUCAGAUUGGUUGUACCCUGCCUAAAGCAGAGCAACUCUAAUCAACUUGCUAUGGUUUUUGUACUACUUGGUCUCAAGAUUUUUUUCCAGUUGCAGCAGAAAUAAGCAGCAAAUGACUCUGCCCCUCCCACUUAUGAGAAAUAUGACGGUCUGCAGUAAAAACAGCCAAAUUUAUACCAUUGUAUGAUGAUGUCUUCAUUUUUUCUCUUUUUGUUGGUAGCCAAUACACACACACACACACACACACACACACACACUAAUAUGAUAUGCAUCACAUCAGCUUAAGGUGAUGUACUGUGGUCUGGGGAAACUUGUUCUUUGUCCUACAAGUUAAACUCCGUGUCUACAGUGGCAUUGUCAUCUUAGUGCACUAACUAAGUCAUAGAUGGAUUGAAGUUAAUGCAACAAUGCUCAGAAGUCUGAUAUUCUGGUCUAAUGUAGUUGUAAUUUUCUUUUUUGUGUUUUUUGUCUUGUGUUUUUAUGUACUGAUGUUUGUUUGCCAGGAAUGUAUAACUCUUAAAACACAGUUGCCCCAUUUUUGAAGACAGUCUGGGUUGUAGGUGGUCUGAAGUAAGACAAACACUGUAUUAGGCACUUAAAUGCAUUGUACAUAUUUUCAGAGUAUUGCACCAUUUAUGUUUUGUAAAAUAUACUAAAUUUAAAAAACUGAUCAUAUACUAAGGAAAUAAACGUGUAAGAGCUACAGAAGUGAGAACUACACACAUGGAAUCUUAGAAACUACAGGUAUUAAAAAUGGCUGCACUGCAAUAGAAAUUUACAUUUGUUAUCUUUGAAGUUGCUAUGAGAAGCAGGUUUGGCUGGGAGAGAGAUGGGAAGGCAGCAUAUGGGAGGGCCCUGUGCCAGGGGUUUCUUGAUAUGAGGGUAUCAGUAAAAGGUAUAUGUGAAGAAGCUACAAGGAAUAUGGAGGGGUCUUUAAGUUGAGAGCACUUGACAGGCUGAGUGGAACAGACUGGGAAUGGAAGGCUGGUAUUUAAGCAUAAUGUAUAAUGUAGCCUGUUUUACAGGUAGAGCCAAGGAGGACAAGGUAGCAGUGUUGUAGGAAUGGGAGGUCUGUGAUAAGCCAAAUUUGUGAGGGAAGGGCAGAGCAAUUGUCAUCAUCUAAGGUGAGGAUGGGAUUAUGUUUAAUUGGGUGAUGCAGUGAGAGAUUAACUUCUGCCUUGAAGGAAGGAGGAGGUGCUAUUUUAAGCAUUAAGGGUUUCUGUCUUGCAGUAGGCAACAUUCUCACAGUUAAGGUCAGCUGUAUUCUGCUGUUAAAGCUUUGACUGUUGCCAGUUUGAAGACAGCUAUAAAAAGUUCCAAGUUAAUUGUGUGGAGUAUCCCAAGGAAUGGCUCCUGCUUAUUUGUAACAAUCCCCGUUGCCCAGUUAGUGAGACAUUACAGUGAGGUUACAUUACGUUAAAAUCUGUACUGCUUUGCUAUGAAUGUGUGGCUUCACAUUAGACAUGUUUGGGGAACUAACGAACCAUAAUCUUUUGUAAAACCAAAGCGAACUUCAGUAGUUGCAUAAACGAACAA